AUGAUAAUUCGAUCUGUUCGUUUUGCUUCUUCAGUUACAAAAACGCCUAAAAAGCCUGUGGAUGAUUAUACGUAUUGUAUAAAUAGUGUACGAAAAGCUGACUAUGAAAACUUUGUAUGCGCAGGCUUAUUAAAACCGUCAUCGCUUCAACGUCCAGCAAUGGCUAUACGAGCAUUAAACGUUGAACUUGCUUCCGUACGGGAUCAAGUAUCAAAUUCACAAAUAGGACAAAUGAGACUUCAGUUUUGGCGUGACUCGAUCGAUUCAAUUUAUUUAUCAUUAAAAACGAACGAAAUCAAAAAAAUUAAUCAUCCAGUUGCACGUGAAAUUGACUUGCUGAUAAAAUAUAAUCAAGUGUCAAAAAUGUGGUUUCAUCGAUUAAUUAAAAGUCGAGAGACAACAUUGAAUGAUAUGCCAUUUGCAGAUAUUGAACAAUUAGAAAAUUAUCUUGAACAAUCAAUUACACCAGCUUAUUAUCUUUUACUUGAAUUAGCAAAACAAAGAUCAUUAAAUACUGAUCAUAUUGCAUCACAUUUAGCUCGUUCCCAAGGUCUUAUUAAUGUUGUCCGUGGUAUUCCCUAUAACGCACAUAAGCGUCGUUGUUUAAUUCCUCUUUCCUAUCUUGUUGAACACAAUAUUUCGCAACAAGAUAUAUUUAAUGGUCAAUUUUCUAAUGAACAAUGUCGUCAUGUCAUAUAUCAACUGUGUAAUCGAUCUUGGUUUCAUUUACAAAAAACAACGGAAUUAUUUGAACAAGAUAAAAAUUUUCAAAAACAGAAUAUGUUUUCUUCAUCAGAAAAUCAUAAUCGUACUUUAUUUUUACCAAUUAUUAUUAUCUAUAAUUAUUUAAAACGUAUAAAAAAUAUUGAUUUCGAUUUGACAAAUAAAAAUAUCAACGAAAGAAAUCCUUGGCUUAUUGCGAAUAAUAUGUUUGGUCUUUCAACAACGACACCAGUGCAACGAGAUGUUGAAGUUGUUCAAUCGCCUGAAGAUUCUAUAUCGUGUAUGAAAUUUUCUCCAGCAUCCAUUUCACAAACAUAUUUAAUAGCAACUUCAUGGGCAAAUGAUAUUCGUUGUUGGGAAAUUCAAUCGACUGGACAAUCUAUUGCUAGAGCUAUGCAAAAAUAUGAUGCACCUUUAUUAAAUUGUUGUUGGUCAGAUGAUGGUUCGAAAGUAUUUACAGCUGGGAGUGAUAAAACCGCGAGAAUGUGGGAUUUGCAAUCGAAUACAUCUAUUCAAAUUGGAGUACAUGAUCAAGCAGUACGAACAAUAAAUUAUAUUCAAAGACCAUCUUAUUCCUGUGUGAUGACUGGAAGUUGGGAUCGAACUGUUAAAUUCUGGGAUAUGCGUCAAGCAACGCCAUUAAAACAGCUAGCACUCAAUGAACGUAUAUAUGCAGCCGAUGUUCUCGGGCCCAUGGCUGUUAUAACAACUGCUGAUCGUGGUAUACAAGUUUAUUCACUGGAUCAAGGACCUACGGAAUAUAAAAAGAUCGAAUCAUUACUUAAAUAUCAACAUCGUUGUGUCUCAAUAUUUACAGAUAAAGCACGAAAUCCAAAUGGUUUCGCCGUUGGUUGUAUUGAAGGUCGUGUUGCCAUAAUGUAUGUUGAUACGCCAAAUCCAGGUAAUGACAAUUUUACAUUUAAAUGCCAUCGUUCAACGCCAACAGCAACAACGGUCGGUACCACUCAAGAUAUAUUUGCUGUUAAUGAUAUUGCUUUUCAUCCUAUACAUGGUACAUUAGCUACAGUUGGUAGUGAUGGUCGAUAUAAUUAUUGGGAUAAGGAUGACCGAAUGAAAUUGAAAACAAGUGAUGUUAUCAAUGAUCAGUCCAUAACAUGUUGUGCAUUUGAUAGUCGUGGACAGUUAUUUUCCUACGCAAGCUCUUACGAUUGGCAUAAAGGACAUGAAGGAAACCAGCAAGCAAAAAAGAAUGUGAUAUUUUUAAGGCAAUGUUUUGAAGAAAUGAAGCCGAAAGCAAAAAAAUAG